CGCUUGGCGCGUUAGUGUCUCGCUCAAAAGGUGCUGUUAUGUUUGUUGCCUUGAUGCACACUGCAAACCGUUUGACGUAUGAAUUGAACAACUGCGGUUCCGAAUAAAUUGUGAUUUUACCGCCAAAUCUCACCCCAAUACGGAACAAGUAAAAAAACGACGUAGUCGAUAUACGUGCGCCCUUUGGACAAUAAUUGAUAAUAUCGCCGGUCAGUGUGUGGGAGUUUGAUUAUUGCCCUGGUGAAUCUGAUAUCUUGAAGAAGGUGUAUAUCUACCAAUAAGUGGAUAUAAGAAAAGGAUUAAUUCAUUACUUCCCUACAAAUAGAGAAUUACGUCAUGCAUGGUGUGUUGAGAGUGGCGUGGUUUUUCUCCAUCCUUCUGUCAAUCCAGAAGGUACGGAGUGAACCUCAAGUAUACAUUUUAGCAGAAAACUUGGAACAAGUCGUUACAUCUUCUACCUUACAGUGGAUACCAUUCAAUGGACAUAAGGAUGUCGCACUUAAGAAUGCAGUGAUCAGUGCCCAUCAAAUAAGAGAAAGGGAAAAUGGUACUGAAGACGUGGAAGAUAGGCACGAGGAAGUGCCGGUUUACGUCUGCAGAGCCAAGGUAGCAGCCAUUUGGGUACCUGGACAAUACAGAAAGGGCAAAGACAAACAAGUCUGUAUAGUCUCUUCAUACAGAAAAGUAUCAGAAGAAAAGAAUUUCGAAAUCCUUAUAAACAGGGAGAAACGCUCAAGACUCAGCUGGUUCCAAAAGAGCAGAUACACCCUCAUACCACAAGGCAGCGUUCAAGGAAGCGACAGUUUCUACGUCGCCAGAAGACCUGUGAAGUACCAUCGCAAAGAUGGCGCACUCACACAUACAGCUGGCAAUUUCAAUCCUAGCGAGAAUUUAGGAGUGUUCCUGUUGGUGGAUCAAAAUAACAAAGAACUGAAAUUCGAAGAUGGUGAAGUACUUGUCGAACAAGAACCGAUAAGAUACGAAUUCAAACACACCAAGUUCGAUAGGAUAAAAAGUAAACACAAGCAUCAUCCCAGGAUUCUUGGUACCACUGUUUUGAAGAACGAAGUUGAAGGAGUUCAGAGGGUUGAUACCGUAUUAAGUUACAAUUACACGCACUUUAUGGACUGGGGAAAAGAUCAUGGCCUCAUUAUUGCCUUGCCAUUUUCGGUUAACAUGCCUAAUGGAACAGAAUAUACUGGCAAAUGGGGAAUACCCAAGUCUAUCAACAGAACUGAGACUGUACCUAUAGAGAGAUAUUUAGAGGAAGGUACUGCAGUUAACGUCACUUUGAAAGGAAAUUAUACUGAAAGCGACAUACCUUAUAUCUCAACUGUAACAGCAUUCUACAAGGAUAACGAGGUAUUGGAAAGUCUCAUAAGGGACAGCUUACUGAUGAAAUACAUGACUGGAGUUGUGAUUGAAUUUGGACCUGUUUAUUUCUUAAGCAAUAACACUCUUGUACCAACAACCACGACAACAGCUAGAACUACUUCUAUAACAACAACACUAACAAGUAAAACUCAGACCAUUUCAGUUCCUAUGCCAAACACUGAGGACAUAUACAUGGCAGAUGAUAAAUCUAAAAAAUCUGUAUCAAAUGAAGUGGUGCCAAAUGACGUAGAACCUGUUCCUGCUGGUAAUACUGAGGAUAAUACAGUGCAGCAAUUGACCAAGAAAGAUGAUAGCGACGACGCUAGUAGUAUAACCAUAUGUCCAUUUGUUAUUAUUUCAAGUGUUAUCAUCAUUCAUAUUACAUGAAUUGGCUGAUUUUUAUGAGAAAAAAGUUUAAUUGUGAUGUAAUUUGAUUGCCCUUUGCCAGAUUCAGAUUUAGUUAAUAGAUAUUGUACAUAUGAAGACUGUGUUUGUGUAUAUAUAAUAUUUAGUCUUAAUGUGUAGAUGAGACAUUCCAGUGUAUAUUGUAGAUAUUAAAGGAGAUUGUAGGAACGACGUUCUUUCAAUUGAGUAUUGAAAUAGCUUCAGGUUAUCGAUAUGUAUCAAAUAGCUUCUUCAUGAUAACAACAUUCCAGAGAUUAUUCCUCAGAAUGUAUUAUUUACAAAAUAACUUCUGCAUGUUCAAUUAUUUUUGUUAUUAUUAUUUGAGAUAAAAAAGAUUUAUCUAUUCAUCUGCAAGAAAAAUUGUUUAAGCGGAAAACCAAAAAUACUAGCGGUGAGGAGUAACAUGUAUUUAACAUAGACUUGAAGUGAAAUGGAAGUUUUGAAGUAAAUUUUUAUAUUUAAUGUGAAUAACACACGUAACUAUAAAUCUUUCAGUGUUUUUACUGAAAUUCCAAAAUACUGAUACAUCUGUUUUGUUUGAACUGAAUAUUUGUUGAAUGAAAAAUCGUCUCUACAAUCUCUUAAAAAAUCAGUAUAUUAUUUAUUUUAAUUGAAAUAUAAAAUUUAUUCCAAAUCAAUUGAUUUUCUUGUGUAGAAAUAGUGUUCAAUUGAAGAUUCCAAUUUGAUAUGUUUAAAUAAACCUAUGUUGAUUAUAAUUGAAAUUCAGAUCUGAAAUAUAUAUAUGCAGAAUAUCCUUCUUAUGGGCAAUAAAGGUGAAAAUAUAAAGAUUAUAUUAGGAUCUAUUUGAGCUAAUGCAUACCUAUCUUGUUACUGAUAAUAUUAUCAAUGUAAAUUAUAUCAGAAUUAAUUUAUAUUUCUUCAAAAAUGUUUUUCGCUAAUUGUUUAUCAGUUUAUGUGAAUUUCAUACAAGGUACCUAUUUGCCAAUUAAUAUUUAUGGAUGAACUCUAAAGAAGUUGAAUUAUUAUUUCAGGUUGGUUUGGAAUGUACUGAAAAUGGAAUUUUGCUGUUUCACAGAUCAAUAAUUUUUCAUGCUAAGAUUUGGGUAUUUUCAGUAAUUUCCACUAGAGUAUCUGAAAAACAAAUAAAACUAAAAUUUCACUGUAAGCAUCAUUAUCCAUCACAAUUAAAAUUGAACCAUAAUUUAUUUAUUUUAAUUUUUCAUAGCAUUGUGAAAAUGUAUCUUGUUAUACAUUAGAUUCUGUAAAACUAACGUGAAACAUCAAGUUUAAUAAUUAGAUGGAGAAAUUGUAGCUUAGACAAAAAAUAUUUUGGCUACACUUGUGAAAUGUGACUGUACAGAAACGUAAUGUAUUUGCUGGAAAGCUUGAAGUUUGAGAUAUUUUUGAUAAAGAUGAUAUUAAUCGCUGUAAUUGUAUUCAAUUAUCAAGAUGAAUGUAAUUUGUUCAGGUUUUUUCCAUCUAUCACAUACUAAGAUUUGCGAAAUGUACCUAUAUUACCACUUAUUGAUUAGAUCUUAAUGUAUACCUUGUUUUAUUUAUAAUAUCAACCAGUAUUCAAAUGUAGUCUAUAAAAUAAGCAUAUCCUUUUAUUAUUGUUGUGAAUUCUUUCAUUAUAAAAUUUGUAGUUGGAAGUUACCAGAUUUGGUGUCUUGUAUCAAGUUAUUUAUGAUCUUAUGAAAUAAAGAAUCAUUCUUCGCCCA